GGGCCGCUGCCGGAGCGGCUGCAGCAGGCGCUGCUGCCCGUGGUGGCCUACGAGCGCUGCAGCCAGCCCGACUGGUGGGGCACCCUCGCCAUCCGCCCAACCAUGAUCUGCGCCGGCGGCGCCGAGAAGGCCGGCUGCAACGGCGACUCGGGGGGUCCCCUGAACUGCCAGGCGGCCGAUGGGCGCUGGGAGGUGCACGGCAUCGCCAGCUUCGUCUCGGGGCUGGGCUGCAACACGGCCAAGAAGCCGACGGUCUUCACCCGCGUCUCCGCCUUCGAGGACUGGAUCGCCGAGAAACGCCAAGAAUAG